GACAUAGACAAUAUGUGGAGUAAUUAACGUUGGAGUGGAGAGGAAAAUGCCGACACCGAUUUUUGCCCCCGGGGGUAUUUCUGCAACUAAAGUGCAUCUUCUCAUUACAAGUGGGAGUUAGAAUAUAAAAGCUUUUCUCCAAAAUCUGUUCUGUUACACUGCCAGAGUGCAAUAAUCUCCCAGCAUGAAGCAAACAGUCCUGGUGCUAGCAUUAUUUGGCUUCGCCGCAUGUGCCCGCCUCGAUUAUCUGCCUCCAGGACGAGGAGGCGGUGGCGGUGGUGGAGGCUAUCCUGGAGCCACAGCGCCGGCGGGGCCUGGAGGGCCGGGUGGGGCAGGUAGAUUCCCUGGAGGAGGUGGAGGCGGAGGUGGAUAUCAAGGAGGUUCAGGAGGCGGAUACCAGGGAGGCAGCGGAGGUGGUUACCAAGGAGGUGGCGCUGGAGGAGGAUAUCAAGGCGGUGGUGCUGGAGGAGGAUAUCAAGGUGGCGGUGCUGGAGGAGGAUAUCAAGGAGGCGGUGGUGGCGGGGCUGGUGGCAGACCCGGAGGAGGAUACGGUGGUGGUCAAGGGGGCGGGGCACCAGGUGGAUUCGGAGGAGGAUCUCAAGGUGGCGGCUUCGGUGGCGGUGGAGGCAGACCCGGUGCCGGUUCAGAAAUACCCAUUAUCCGGUACGAAAACAACAAUAACGGAGAUGGUACCUACAAUUACCUCUAUGAAACUGGUAACGGCAUCAAUGCUGAUGAAGCUGGAGAUGCCCGAGGAGAUGGCACGCAAGCACAAGGUUCUUUCAGUUACACAUCCCCAGAUGGCCAACAGAUCUCAGUCACCUACACGGCCGAUCAAAACGGUUUCCUUCCUCAAGGCGCUCAUCUUCCAACACCACCCCCAAUCCCUCCAGAAAUUCAAAGAGCUAUCGACCAAAACCUCGCUGACGAAGCCAGAGGUAUCGUAGAUGAUGGUCAGUACAGACCAGGUCAAGAUGAAGGCCAAGGAGGUGGAUAUGGAGGUGGUAGUCAAGGAGGUUAUUCCGGCGGCGGUAGAGGACAAGGAGGAUACUCUGGUGGUGGUGGAGGACAACAAGGAGGCUACUCUGGAGGUGGUGGAGGACAAGGAGGAUACUCUGGCGGUGGCGGAGGACAAGGAGGUUACUCUGGAGGAGGUGGAGGACAAGGAGGAUACUCAGGUGGUGGUGGCAGUGGUGGACGAGGAGGCGGAUACAGCGGAGGCGGUGGUGGCCAAGGAGGCAGGGGUGGAUCAGGAGGUGGUGCUCCAUCUGGUCUCUAUGGUACGCCCGGUGCUGGUUCGGGUAGUAGAGGCGCAGAUGGGUACAGGUACUAGUUAGUUAGCUUGCCAUAAUGAAGUUGUGCGUUUCUUUUGUAUUAUUUUGUAUAUUUUUUUAUGUAAAUAGAACGAUUUAUCUUAGGCGAAAUAAAUGUGUACGUUUUUAA